GCGGGGAGGAGGGGAGCCGGCGGAGCAGGGUCAGGCGCGGCGGCAGGGCGGCGGCGCAGCUCGGCUCCCGGCGCGUGUCCGUGCCCGCGCCCCGCUAGGGUGCGCAGCCCCCCGCCGGCGGCAUGCAGCCGCCCGCCCGCCGCGCCCGCCGCCUUGCGCUUCCUGCGCUGCUGGCGCUCCUCACCUGCUCCGUGGCUUUCUGUUUGGUUUCUGAUGAUACAAGGAAAGAAGUCCAGCCGACUCAGGAUUUGGAGAAAAGUGGCAGAUCCAGAAAAAACAACAUAGACUUGAAAAGCAUCGUAUUUGUCAUCCAGAGUCAGAGUAAUUCGUUUCAUGCAAGAAGAGCAGAGCAAUUUAAAAAAAGCAUCUUGAAGCAGGCUGCAGACCUCACACAGGAACUCCCCAGAGUCCUCCUCCUGCACCAACUACCUCAGCAGGAGGGCGCCUGGACCAUCCUGCCACUCUUACCGCACUUUUCUGUAACAUAUAGCAGAAAUUCAUCAUGGAUUUUCUUCUGUGAAGAAGAGACAAGAAUACAGAUCCCGAAACUCUUAGAAACACUCAGAAGAUACGACCCAUCGAAGGAAUGGUUUUUAGGAAAAGCAUUGUAUGAUGAAGAAUCUACAAUAAUUCACCACUACGCCUUUUCUGAAGAUCCUACAGUUUUUAAAUAUCCAGACUUUGCCGCUGGCUGGGCCCUCAGUGUUCCACUUGUAAACAAGCUCGCCAAGAGGUUAAAGAGUGAAGCUCUAAAGUCUGACUUCACUAUUGAUUUAAAACAUGAGAUUGCUCUCUACAUUUGGGACAAAGGAGGUGGACCAGCCCUUACCCGAGUGCCUGAGUUUUGUACAGAUGGUGUGAACUCCAAUUGUGCUACCACAUUCCAUUCUUUUCUACCACUUUGUGGAAAGCCAGUGAAGAAGGAGGAUAUUUUUGUGGCAGUGAAAACAUGCAAGAAGUUUCACAGCGACAGAAUACCUAUUGUAAAGCAGACCUGGGAGAGAGAGGCAAGUUUCAUUGAAUACUAUAGUGACUAUGCAGAAACUUCCAUUCCCACUGUGGAUUUGGGGAUUCCUAAUACGGAGAGAGGUCAUUGUGGAAAGACGUUUGCCAUUUUGGAAAGAUUUUUAAAUCAUAGCAAUGACAAAAUAGCAUGGUUGGUCAUUGUAGAUGAUGACACAUUAAUCAGUAUCUCCAGGCUCCAGCACUUGCUUAGCUGCUACGACCCCAGCGAACCCGUGGUCCUGGGAGAACGCUAUGGCUAUGGCCUGGGCACUGGCGGCUACAGCUACGUCACAGGAGGAGGAGGAAUGGUCUUCAGUAGAGAAGCUGUCAGGAGACUUCUCGCCAGUAAGUGUCGGUGCUACAGCAACGAUGCCCCGGACGACAUGGUCCUAGGAAUGUGCUUCAGUGGCCUGGGUGUGCCCGUGACCCACAGCCCCCUCUUCCAUCAGGCUCGGCCAGUCGAUUACCCUAAGGACUAUCUGUCGCAUCAAAUUCCUGUUUCAUUCCACAAACACUGGAACAUCGAUCCAGUGAAGGUGUAUUUCACGUGGUUGGCACCCAAGGAGGAAGACAGAGCGGGAAAGGAGGCACCAGAGGGUAUCAGAGAAGAGUUAUGAAGUGUGUUGGCCAUGAGCACAGCCUGGUGGGCCCCAGAAGUGGGGAGCACAGCAUCACCCCACUGGGCCGUGCUGCUUCAAGGGGCCCUGUGGUACAGGAUGCUUCCUGACUUGAGGCGGAAAUAAUGGAUGUGGUUAUUUUUGAUGAGGGAGUAGAGAAAGUCAAGGGGAAAUUUUUUUUUCCUGGGAAAAAUCACUUGCUUUUGACUUUAAUGGCUAUUGAACACAGUGAUUACGGUGUAAUUUUCAGACUGUGAUGCAGCAGCAUUAUAAUUACUGUCACAGAAAAUAAAUAGUCCCGGAAGUCCCUUUACUGUUCUUUGUCUUCAUUAUAACGAGUCUCAGUGUGGGGCAUGAGACUGAGAUGGACACGCCUGUCUGUGCUUCUGGAUCCAUAGAGAAGAGUGGGAAGUCUUUGACACGGAUAUGGCCAAUGGAAUGAACUUGAAAACUGUGUUAUUGAUCAUGAACAUUGUUUCCUGGGAAACCAAUGGGAAUAAUGCUCUAUAAAGGAUCAUUCAUAAAAUGUCACAAAAG